UCUCCCCUGUCUCACGCCCAUGUGAGGAACCAAUAACAUGGGCUAAAUUACCAGCACCUAUUUGCUGUGUCCCCUGCAAAAGCCUGAACUCCCAUGUUUACAGCCCUGGCCUAACAUCCCAUUCUCCCCCAGCCAUGAUCCCAAAUCCGGCACUUUAAAAACCCUCAUCCUGCUUUUCUCACAAGAUUGUGAGGACUCAUCUGUGGAUUGAAUGGAGACAGCAAAGAACAUCUUUUCUUGAGUGGGAUUUAACAUCAACUGGGUGAAACACUCCAAAUAAGAUUACACAAGCAAAAUAAAAGGACACUCGGCUAGUACCACUAUGGCUCGGGCUACUAAAGGUCCCGUAGUGAAGUCCAUCCCUCCCACUGGUGGAGAUGCCCCGGCUAGGACAGCACACUCAGACUCACUUACUGCCCAGAGCCAUGGAAUUUUACGAAUAAUGAAUCGUCCGGCACAAUGGGUGGUCAUCAUCACACUUCUGAUUUCUUGGUCAAUAGCAGGUGUUGUCAUGUUUGAUUUUGUCAGUGACAAUCAGAUUGCAAGCAUCCAGGAUUUUGGCUCUGAUCCAGUGCUAGCAGUGAGCAAGGCCAUUGAAGGCAUUGAAAAAAGGAUAAACCAUAUGAACGACAUGCUUUAUGAUGCUAUCGAGUAUGUCACUGAAAUAAUAUUUAAUCCGAAGGACGCUAUUAGUUUAGCAGCCGACUCAUCUGUGUCUUAUCUGUCAGGAAUAUUUAGUGCUGAUGGAGAUUCAGGAGUCACUGAAACAGUGAAAUAUGCUGGCACUGUAUUGGAUGAAGCUACAGAAUGGAUCAGAUCUCCAGUGAGCUACUUUUUCCACUUGUUUGAAGACAUAUUGGCUGUAGCGAUUACUCCAGUGGACAUGGUCACUGAAGUUGCUGUGCAAAUAUUAAGUGGGAUCAAGACCAUUAUACAAUACAUUUCAGCCAUGUUUGGGGGCAUUGAAGGCAUUACUGAAACAGUUAAACUUGGUGGCACUGUAUUGGAUGAAGUUACUGAAUGGAUUAGAUUCCCAGUGGGCUACUUAUUCCACUUAUUUGAAGAUAUCUUGGAUGUAGCAAUCAUUUAUCCAGGGGACAUUGCCACUGAAGCAGUUCUGCAAAUUUUGAGUAGGAUUAAGACCAUUUCUUCAGCCAUAUUUGGGUACCUUAAAGCUUGGUUUCCCAAAAUGAGCACUGAUCCUGCAGGACUGGCUGAAAUUGUUGUAGAGGAGGCCACAGACAUAAAGACCACUGUCUCUAAUUACCUAACCAGUCUGUUUGCAGUGGAUGAAGGUGGUAUUCCUGACAUUAGCUUUGAUCCCAUGAAAGUUGUCACAGACACUGUUGAGGAGUUUGCUGACAGGAGGGAUAUGUUCUUGGCCUAUCUCUUCAACAUGGAAGACAAAGAUGACACACCGCAAGUUAUAAGACGAAAAGGAGAAUUUCUGCCAUCUAUGGAAAAAGUUCUUGAACAAGUGAAAGAAGCCAAAGAGAAAAAAGCUAGAGAGGAGAUAUACAAAAUCAUUCAAGAUAUGAGGGAAAAGAAGGCUGAAGGUAAAGAGGAAGAGAUAACACUACAACAAAUAAAUAUAACAGUAGAAAAAGUCAAGAAGGAAAAGAAGAUAGAAAAGGCUAAAAUAAAAGAAAAAUCCAAAGAGGACAAGACUCGAGAACCAGCAGAAAAGGACACCAAGAAAACAACUGAGAAAAAGGUCAAGGUGACUAAAGUAUACGAGGAACCCCCUAUAAAAAAGAAGAAAUCUGAACUUAAAAUGCCCAAAAAAGAGACCAAACCAGCAAAAUCUAAGAAAGAGCCUCGAGUUACAAAAGAAAAGGCUAAACCAGCUCGUUCAAAGAAAGCUGCAGUUGCUGUUGAAAAACCAAAACUUGCUCCUGGAAAGAAAGAGGCCAAAGUCAUUAAGGAGAAAGUUAAACCAACCUCUGUAAAGAAAGAGCAUGAACUUCAUAAAGAAAAGGAACCUGGACAAAUGCCAGAACCUAAAAAGAAAGGUCCAAAGGAAAAGGCAAAACCAGUCCUUGAAGAAAAGGAACCCAAAAUGAGUAAAGAAAAGCCAAAGCCAGCACCAAAGAAAGAUGAUGUUGGUCUUAUUGGUUUGGACUUGGAGCUCCUGAACUCUAUCAACCAAAAACUGUCUGUUCUGGAUUCACUGAGGAAGGACAUUGGUGAAAUGAAGAGUGAUCUGGAGUCCACUCAAAAUCAAAUUACACUUUUACGAAUGGACAACAGAACAAUCAAAGAUACAAAGACUGUUGGUGUAAAAGCAAAACCAGCAGUCUCCAAGGAAAAGGUCAAAACAGCAAAAAAAGGUAUUAAAACUUCUCAAUUACACAAGUUGGUUAUGAAUUAUAGACAUAACGAGCUACAAAAAAAAAAAACCUCUCGUUGUCUUCUUUAUAACACAGAACGUGAUGCACUGAAAAACAUCACUAAACCAGCACCUGCAAAGAAAGAUAAAGAGGCUCCAAAAGCUAAGAUCAGACCAGAGCCCAAAAAGAAAGAAAUCACACAUGAGAAGGUCAAACAAGUAAAGGAACCUUUACAGAAAGAACCUGAGCAAGUCAAACAAAAAGUAGUCGAGCCAGCUGAGAAGGAUGCUGUAGUGGACAAGGAAGUAAAAGAAGAACCUCAUGUCUCCAAAGAUAUUCCAGAGAUGGAUGAGGAGGACGUUCCCUACUUCCAGUGUUUCUUUGUGGAUGAGGAUGAGACUCAGUAUCCUUUCUUCCCCUUUUCACCACCACUGGGGUGAGUCCAGCCAAAGCUCAUAUUUUGAUAUUAAGCAUCAUG